AUGGGCGCCUUGACCGUAUACCUCUCGUCGUCAUCCAAUAAGAACCAGAACCUGCAACUCCCACAAUUGCAGCAGCAGAUGCCACGCAUGGUGAGGCCAUAUGUGAAGAAGAACGAUGACCAUGCUCGUAGAUACGUCAAAGAGAUUACCAUUCAGCCGUACAACUACACAAUCAAUAAUACUAUCCCACCUACCUGCGAUGUCACCCACGAUGUCCCCGCCGUCGUCUUCUCCUCCGGUCUCAUCGGAAACGUUUUCCACGAACUCAAUGAGAUCAUAAUCCCACUCUUUAUCACCUGCCGUCACUUCCACUCUCGACUCCAUUUCGUCGUCUCCGAUUUCAAUUACCUCUGGGUUACCAAGUUCCGUCAGGUUCUCUCUCAUCUCUCCGACUAUGAAAUCAUUAAUGCUUCAGAAGACACUAGGGUCCACUGCUUCCCUGGAAUCGUCACUGGCCUUCACUUCCACAACGACAACCUUAUCUGCAAGAAUAGUGAAUUGCCCGUCAAUUGUUCGAUGCUUGACUUCAGACAAUUCCUCCGAGAAGCAUUCCACCUCAAAAUCAAGAACAUCGCUCAGCUGAACAAGAAUAUUUCCACUAGUUCUAAUCAAGACCAGAAGAAGAAGCGAAAACCUGUUCUUAUCAUUCUCUCACGAUUUCACUCUCGCAGGUUCUUGAACGAAGAUGAGAUGGUGAAGGUGGCGUCUGAAUUAGGGUUUCGAGUUGUAGUGGCAAAGCCUGAUCUAACGUCGAAUCUAGACAAGUUCUCACGUGUGGUGAACAGGUGUGAUGUUCUGGUGGGUGCCCAUGGAGCGGGGCUUACCAACGAGGUGUUCUUGCCGGAAGGUGCGGUGCUGGUGCAGGUGGUACCUUUGGGCGUGCGGUGGGCCUCCUCCCACUAUUAUGGGAUUCCAACGGGGGAGAUGGGUGUUCAGUAUUUGGAAUAUCAGAUCAGUCCCCAGGAGAGCUCGCUCAUGGACGUGUAUGGUCCCAAUCAUCCAGUGAUCAUUGAUCCUGAUUCCAUACACCGCGAGGGUUAUAAUCUUGGUAGGCCUAUCUAUAUUGAUGGCCAAGAUCUCAGGCUUGAUCUGUCCAAGUUUAGGGACACCCUUGUGCAAGCACUUAAACUUCUUGAUGCAGUUUCUCUUCAUCCACGGUGA